UGGACAAUAAUGCCCAACUGGAAACGGAAUUCCGCAAGGUCGCGUCCUUCAAACCCCUGAUGGAUUCCUACAAAUCUCAACUGGCCGAGCAUGAAGCGAAGAAUACAGCAAAGUCAAAGGAGGUGGAAGGCCUUCGAUUCGAACUUCAGCAACUCGGCAACAAAUUGAAGGAAGCACAGGAACAGCAUGCUAAGGACGCCGAGUCCUUGGAGCUAUUUGAAGACAGAGUAAAGGAGCUCGAACUCGGAGCAACGCCAAAUAGAGCGAACUUCAAAGCUGGUCAAAGAGAUUCUGUCAUGUUUGGAGGGGCUGGCGGAUUAGAGGAUCAGCUGAGAGGCCUAGGCGGAGAAUUAGACGAUGCUCUAUCUGGAACCACUACCACAGAUCUCAAGAUACGCGUCCGCAAACUGGAGAAGGAAUUGGAAGACCUGAAGGGUAGCAAAGGAAAGGAAGAAGAGUCUAGGGUUCUA